AUGGAACGCAACGACCCGCCAGCGCGACGGAAGUCCUGUCAGGCCUGCAAGAAAGCGCGCCGGAGAUGCGAUCUAGCGCGUCCCACGUGUCAGCGCUGUUCUCAGCGCAAUAUCCACUGCCACUAUCCUUAUGCGCCUCCAUUGCGCGAGAGCACCAGCGACAUACAGCCUGCGAUCCCAGUAUCUGAGAUUGAGGGCUCACUUACGCCAUCAUGUUUUGGAAUACUUGAUUCGAUUUUGGAAACAACGGACAAUUUUACAGACCAGUUGUUCCAAGGUUCGUUGGAGUGCGAUGCUUCCAAUUGGUCUACGCCAGGGCUUUCAACAACAGCUCAAAAUGCGCUGAAUCGGUCUCAGCUUGCUACUAUUCCCCAGGUCACUAGAGCAAUCACAUCAAGGCUCCAGUAUCCUCUGGAUGCAAUCCUGAAGGGUCCGUCACAAAUGGUUUCGGAGAAUCAAACGCCUUGGUGUCAUGCGCAUCUAUACGAUGAUGGGAUGCCAAAGUCUAUGCAACAUGCGGUAUCUUCUGCUGCACUCCAUGCAGCAAAGAAUCAUCUCAACGCCAGAGUCAUCCGCGACAACGUGGAAAGCCGGGUGCAGGAACUCCUCGCCAGUCCUCCACCAGCUUCUUCAAUGGAAACUUUGGCAUAUGCACAAGCGCUCUUCAUAUAUCAAAUACUUCGUCUACUAGACAACGACGCCCGAACCUAUGCCAUCUACGAAGCAACCAUGCCCCAUCUCGAAGAAGCAUCCAACGCCCUCAUUCCCCACAUCGCCAUCGACGAAGCAGCAGAUUCACCGAGUCAAUCCUCAGAUCUCAUACCCCUCUUUCCCGUCUCAGCAGCCCAAGCCUUCUGGACAAAUUGA